CUCGCUCUUCAGUCAGACGCAGAAAUGUCAGAGCUCUGCAGUGCCGCGCGCUCGGGUCUCCUCCGGCUGUAGUGAGCUCAGAGGGUUCAGUGGGCUUCCAGGAGGCUGAGGGUGGGUUUCAGCUCGAGCCCAGAGGAACCACACAGCGGGAUGGGCUCAGCAGCCUCCUCAACCCACCGGAGCAUUCACCUGGAGGUGGAGGGCAGAAUCCAGAAGGUGGUCUUCAGUCGGUUCUGCAGUCCCUGUGAUAUCAAAGAGCUCUUUUGCACAGCUGCAGGGUUGCCCAGGAAUACCACUAUUUCAUUGGUGGACUCGACUGGAGCCAUGGUCUCCAUCAACCCCACCAUGCCAAGCAACUCAGAAAGGUCACCAUACAAAGUGGUUCCCCAUACCGGAGGACAACUGGCCGAUAAAGAAGAACUCUUUCAGAAUGUACUGACCCAGGUAGCCGAGCAAUUCUCCAGGGCUUUUAAAAUAAAUGAGCUGAAGACUGAAGUGACCAACCGCUUGGCCAUGUUGGAGAAGAGAGUGGAGCUGGAGGGGUUGAAGGUGGUGGAGAUCGAGAAAUGUCGCAGUGACAUAAAGAAGCUGAGGGAGGAGAUGGCCUCCAGGAACAACAGCAGUUUCCUGGAUGACAACAAGAAGCUGACCCCUCGCAGAGACGUGCCAUCAUACCCAAAGUACAUGCUCUCGCAGCAGACCAUAAGUGCCCUCAGAAAACCCGCCUUCGACGUCUGGCUGUGGGAAUCCAAUGAGAUGCUUAGUUGUCUUGAGCACAUGUAUCAUGACCUGGGGCUAGUCCGAGACUUCAACAUCAACCCCAUUACCCUGAAGAGAUGGCUGCUCUGUAUCCAUGAUAACUACAGAAACAACCCGUUCCAUAACUUCCGUCACUGCUUCUGUGUCACACAGAUGAUGUACAGCAUGAUCUACCUCUGCAACCUCCAGGAGAAGUUCUCACAGGUGGACAUUCUGAUCCUAAUGACUGCAGCUGUGUGUCACGACCUUGAUCAUCCUGGAUACAACAACACGUAUCAGAUAAAUGCACGGACAGAGCUGGCAGUGAGAUAUAAUGAUAUCUCUCCACUGGAGAACCACCACUGUGCCGUGGCCUUUCAGAUUUUCUCCCAGGCUGACUGUAACAUCUUUUCCAACUUUGAUGCUGAAGCCUUUAAGCAGAUUCGUCAGGGCACUAUUACUCUAAUACUAGCUACAGACAUGGCCCGACAUGGCGAGAUUCUUGAUUCCUUUAAGCAGAAGGUGGACAACUUUGACUUCACAAAUGAGGAGCACGUCACCUGUCUGAAGAUGGUGCUGAUAAAGUGCUGUGACAUCUCAAAUGAGGUCCGGCCGAUGGAGGUGGCCGAGCCCUGGGUGGACUGUCUGUUGGAGGAGUAUUUCAUGCAGAGUGAUCGAGAGAAGGCAGAAGGUUUACCAGUGGCUCCUUUCAUGGACAGAGAAAAGGUCACUAAGCCCACCGCUCAGAUCGGCUUCAUCAAAUUUGUCCUCAUCCCCAUGUUCGAAACGGUGAUGAAGCUUUUCCCUCAGAUUGAAGAUGUGAUGGUUCAGCCACUCAGAGAGUCCAGAGAUAGAUACGAGGAGCUCAAACAGAUCGAUGACGCCAUGAAUGAGGUCCAGAAAAAGAAGAGUGAGAAUCUCACCAUGGGAGGAAAAAAGAAAUGAGGGUAAAUCCUCUGAGGGUCCAGUAGACUGCAGGAUGGACAGAAGAAUGUUGGGUGAUGUGCUGGCCAGACAAUCCAAAGCCUUUCAGGGAACUUGAACUGUGUACAGCACAGACAUCAUGUCAUCUGUCUCUGUUCUAUAGAUAGUCUCUAUUUGCCUUUGUUUUUAUUUGGUUUUAUAUAUAUAUAUAUAUAAAUAUGAGAUAUAAAUAUUAUUCAGGAUGUACAGAUUUUUAGUCACUUUUGCUCUUUACUACAAAAAUAAAGUUUUAAGUAUAAAAUGAUGAAA